UCUGCUUCCAGCUGGAUCAAGAGGGGGCUCAUAUCUCCGGAGGAGGAGGACACAAUGGGGCUCCUGUGGAUGGUGGGACUCUGGACGUUCCUCCAAUGUGGGUACACAUCAGCGAUCCCCAAGGGGCCCCGAGACUCGACCAUGAGAGACUGCUCUGCAAACCCUCCGUAUAUUCCUCCCACUGCAAAGGUUUCCACAGAAGAUCUGAGCAAACUCCGCCAGGAAAUGAGAAACCACAACCUCAGCGCUUACAUCAUCCCUCCGACUGACCCCCACCUGGGAGAGUACACUGCCAACCAGGAGAAGCGGAGACAAUGGCUGACCGGAUUCACUGGAUCUUCAGGCACAGCUGCGGUGACUUUGACCAGAGCGGCCGUGUUCACCGACAGCCGCUAUUGGACGCAGGCCGAACGCCAGAUGGACUGCAACUGGGAGCUGCAAAAGAGCGUGUCGGCUCCGCCCAUUGUGUCCUGGAUCCUGGAAGAGGUGCCCGAUGGGGGACUAGUUGGCUUUGAUCCUUUUAUCUUAUCUAUCAGUGAAUGGGCUUCGUAUAACGAUGCAUUUGAAGGUUCUGGAAGAACUCUACAAUCCAUUACAACCAAUCUGGUGGACGUGGUGUGGGGGAACCAGCGCCCCCCUCUGCCCGAAAGUGAAAUCUAUUCAGUGCCCGAUGACUUUGUGGGAGGCACUUGGCAGGAAAAAGUGACCAAUAUUCGGGAUCAGAUGGAGAAACACAACCAGAAGCCGACCGCUGUCCUCCUCUCCACCCUGGAGGAAACUGCAUGGCUCUUCAAUCUCCGAGGACAAGACAUACCAAACAACCCCUACUUCUACUCCUACACGCUGCUGGCCAAAGACUCCAUCAGGUUGUUUAUGAAUGUCAGUCGUAUCACCGACACCAUCCGAAAUUACCUGAGCAACAACUGUCCCGGGUCCACCUGCGUCGAGAUCCUGGAGUACGACAAAGUCCGGGACGCCCUCACAGACUAUGUGAAGGGGGAUGUGAAAGUUUGGAUUGGAUCUGAGUACACCAAUUAUGGAGUGUAUGAAAUGAUACCCAAGAGUAAACUUUUAUCGGAGAGUUUCUCUCCAGUUCUGAUGACAAAAGCUGUGAAAAAUGAAAAGGAGCGGAGACUGAUGAAGGACUGUCAUAUCCGGGACGCUGUGGCGGUCAUUGAAUAUUUGGCCUGGUUGGAGAAAACCGUCCCCACCAAUACAGUGACGGAACUGAGCGGCGCAAGUUUUGUUGAUGGACGCCGAGAGAAGCAGCAGUAUUAUAAAGGUCCAAGUUUUACCACCAUCUCCGCCGGCGGACUGAACGCGGCUCUUCCACAUUACAGGUCCACUAAUGAAACCAACCGGCCGCUGAGUGUGAAUGAAAUCUAUCUGGUGGAUUCCGGGGGACAAUACUUCGACGGAACAACGGACAUCACAAGGACGGUGCACUGGGGGACACCCACCGCCUUUGAAAAGGAAGCCUACACUCGGGUCCUGAUCGGAAAUAUUGAGCUGAGCCAACUUGUAUUCCCACCAAGGGCAUUAGGAAUUAACAUCGAAUCGAUCGCCCGGCGCGCCCUGUGGGAGGCGGGUCUGAAUUUUGGGCACGGGACAGGACACGGCAUCGGAGUUUUUUUUUCUGUUCAUGAAUGGCCGGUUGGAUUGCGGGCUGGGAAUAUUGCUUUUACCAAAGGAAUGUUCACAUCAAUUGAACCGGGCUACUACCAUGAAGGACUUUUUGGUAUCCGUAUCGAGGACAUUGCGGUGGUGGUGGAAGCAGAUACAAAGCACAUGUUUGGAGGAGAGAAAUAUUUGACGUUCGAGAAGGUGACUUUAGUGCCGUAUGACCGAAAUCUGAUCGACACCAGUCUGAUGACAGAUGUGCACCUCAAGCAUGUAGACCAACACUACAAGAAGAUCAGAGAGGUGAUGCUGCCGGAGCUGCAGAGGCAGGGCCGCCAGGAGGAGUACAAGUGGCUGGAGAGGAACACGGAGCCCCUGUCCCCGGGGACAGCCGUCACCGUCUCUCUGGGUGUUCUGUCCGCAUCUCUCCUUGUCAGUCUGUUCCUCCAGUAGACGGGAGCCUGACGCCGAUCACCCGCGCCGCGCCGCGCCACAUACCAGGACUGGCUUCAAUCAGAGCUUUUUUAAGGCCCAAAAAAGAUAAACUAUUAAAGUGACUUUUCUAUUAUA